UUCGCGAGAUAGGGUUUGUGGCGGAGGGUUCGAGUGAUGCAGUAUGAUCAACGAUGGAAAGCUCUUCAAAGCUCAGAUUCCUGAGAGAUCGCUGCUGGCAGCUCCAGCUGAUGGCGCCGCCGCCGCCGCUGCCGAUUCUUCCUCGCCGUCGCCGUCUGGGAGUUCCAGAAGAUCGGUGUUUAGUCAUCUAGGGCCUCCCGCGAGUGACAAGGAGCGCGCAGCUCGAGAGCGAAUCGAUGCACAGAAGUACGAUGUGGAGGCGUGGGAAAUUCUUGCGGAUGAGGCCCAGUCUAGACCGAUUGCUCACGCGACGGGAAUUUUCGAGCUACUCGUUUCUACCUUUCCAACUGCGGGGAAGUUCUGGAAGAUGUACGCGGAAGCUAUGAUCAAGGCGAGCAACGAUGAUGCGGUCCGGCAUAUCUUUAGCCGUUGUUUGCUCAGCUGCUUCCAUUUGGAGCUAUGGAAAUGCUACAUCAAGUUUAUUCGCAGAGUGAAUGAACAGAAAGGCCCUGAAUCAAAAGAGGAAACGAGGAAAGCUUUCGAGUUCACAGUCGGUCAUGUUGGAAUGGACAUAUCAGCAGGACCUUUGUGGUUCGAGUACAUCACAUUCCUGAAAACGAUGCCCAUUUCUAGUCCUCAGGAAGAGGCUCAGCGAAUGCUCCUGCUCCGCAAAGCUUAUCAGCAAGCUGUACUCUCCCCGAUCCAUCACAUUGAGCAACUGUGGAAAGAGUAUGAAAGCUUCGAGAACACCAUCAGCCGGGCACUGGCAAAAGGACUUGUGGCCGACUUCCAGCCAAAGCACUUCAAUGCUCGUGCUGUCUACAGGGAACGAAAGAAGUUCUGGGACCAAAUUGAUCAGAGUUUGCUACCAGUUCCUUUUGCCGGUUCUUUCAAAGAAGAACAACAAAAUUCUUCGUGGAAGCAACUUCUUGCGUUUGAAAAGAACAAUCCUCAGCGGUUGGAGCCUGCUCUUUUGGCUAGACGUGUGGUGUUUACUUAUGAGCAAUGCCUUAUGUAUUUUUACCAUUACCCAGAUAUUUGGUAUGAUUAUGCAAUGUGGCUCGCUCAAAAUGGAUCAAAUGACAAUGCUGCCGUAGUUUUUGGGAGAGCUCUCAUUGCCUUGCCAGAUGCAACAAUCAUCUAUUAUGCUUACGCAGAAUUUGAAGAAGCUAGAGGCUCCAUCAAGGAUGCGAAGAAGAUUUAUGAAACUCUUGUGAGUCAUGAAAAAAUAGCAAAUUCCUUGGCUCAUAUACAGCUGAUGCGCUUCGUGAGGAGAACCGAAGGCAUUGAGGCCGCUCGCAAGGUUUUUUCCGAGGCACGAAAGAGUCCUUCCUGCACAUAUCAUCUUUACGUGGCGUGUGCCGUGAUGGUUUUCUGCGUUGACAAGGACCCAAAGGUAGCGCGAGACAUAUUUGAGUUAGGAUUGAAAAAGUACAUUCAUGAGCCUAGUUACGUGACAGAGUAUGCUGACUUUCUUUGUCGUCUAAACGACGACAGAAAUGUGCGAGCACUUUUUGAGCGUGCUCUGAAUGUUCUUCCAGCAGAAGAGUCCGUAGAAGUAUGGAAUCGAUUUUUGGCGUUUGAACAAAUGUAUGGUGACAUUCCGAGCAUGCUGAAGGUGGCACAAAGAAGGAAAGAAGCUUUGACUGGAGAUGAUGGUGUCGCGGUAGCAUCCUCAGAAAGCUCGAUGCAGCAGCUAAUAUCUCGUUACCGCUUUUUGGAUCUCUGGCCUUGUUCAUCACAGGAUCUCGACCACCUCGCGCAGCAACAGAUUAUGUUGCAAAAGCUGGAAGAGAAACAGUUGGCUAUUGGUAACGUACAAGGCGCGAAGAAGUCUCAGAACUCCGUAGCGACACCUCCGAAGAACUUGAUUCGGCCAGACGUAUCGCAAAUGACUCCGUAUGAUCCCAAGCCAGCGGGAAAUGACGCCCUUGUGCUGAGUGGUCUGGGACUUCAAGGUUCUACUGCUAUGCCUGGAUUGGCCUCUCGUGCGGGUCUUGGACGAGGUCCUGCGGAUGAUUCUUCAAUGGAAGAGCUCUUGAGGCUCUUACCACCAGCAGUAAAAACGUUUCUUAGCCAGCUUCCACCUGUUGAUGGACCCAUUCCCGAUGUAGACCUGGUGAUAUCUAUUCUACUCGAGAAUGAAGUUCCCAAUCCCACGGGACCAAACGGAAGCACAAAGUCCGCAGCUGCAACAUCAGGAAGAGCUGGACGCCACGCAAAACGCAAGGACCUCGAAGCUCAAGAAGAAGACGACGCAGCGUUACAGUCCCAGGCAGCUCAAAGUGGUCCGAAGGACGUGUUCCGGAUGCGCCAGCUCCAGAGGUCGAGAGCCGUGAGCAACGCCAGCGCCAAAAGGCUACAACAGUCGUCCACUUCGAGCGGCUUAAGCGCCGAGAAGUCUGUAAGUAAUUGAAGCCAUCAUUUCCUUCUCUUUCCUAUGUACAUGGAUUCAUUAACUUCCCUGAGAGGCCAUUUUGGCUGGCA